UAGGAGAGGUGGAAUCAAAACAAGGAGAAAAACUACAUUUCCCGUCAUGCCUCUGGAACCUACUCUCGGUGACUCUCAACGUCCCGCCCGACUCACUCGGAAACGAAAGAAUCACUUCCGGUUUUGCAACCCCGGGAACCGGUGGCGUCGAUCGGCCCUUUAAGGCCUUACUCCGAGGCUCCGCCUUCGCUUCGGUCUUUCUGGAAAGGCAGCUUUGGUCUGGACCGAGCGGGGCAGCGUCCCGGGCUCCUGUGUGUCUCCCAUGGCGGAUACGACCCCGAACGGCCCCCAAGGGGCGGGCGCUGUGCAAUUCAUGAUGACCAAUAAACUGGACACAGCAAUGUGGCUCUCUCGCCUGUUCACAGUUUAUUGCUCCGCUUUGUUCGUUCUGCCUCUUCUUGGGUUGCAUGAAGCAGCAAGCUUUUACCAGCGUGCUCUGCUGGCCAAUGCUCUGACCAGCGCUCUGAGGCUGCAUCAGAGAUUACCACACUUCCAGUUGAGCAGAGCGUUCCUGGCUCAGGCCUUGUUAGAGGACAGCUGCCACUACCUGCUAUAUUCACUCAUCUUUGUCAACUCCUACCCCGUUACGAUGAGUAUUUUUCCCGUCUUGUUAUUUUCUUUGCUUCACGCUGCCACAUACACUAAGAAGGUCCUGGAUGCAAAGGGUUCAAAUAGUUUACCUCUGUUGAGAUCUGUCUUGGAUAAAUUAAGUACUAACCAACAAAAUAUUUUGAAAUUCAUCGCUUGUAAUGAAAUAUUCUUGAUGCCUGCUACAGUUUUUAUGCUCUUUAGUGGCCAAGGAAGUUUGCUCCAGCCUUUUAUAUAUUAUAGAUUUCUUACUCUUCGAUAUUCCUCUAGAAGAAAUCCAUAUUGUCGGAACUUGUUUAAUGAGCUGAGGAUUGUUGUUGAACACAUUAUCAUGAAGCCCUCCUGCCCACUGUUUGUGAGAAGACUGUGUCUGCAGAGCAUUGCCUUCAUUAGCAGGCUGGCACCAACAGUUGCGUAGUUUAACAUCUAGUUAAGCUGUGUUUAGAAGAUUAGCAUUAGUAGCUGGUAACUCUGAUAGGGGUCCCAAAUUGCAGGUCUAACACUGACCUCAGUUCAGUUUUCAUGAUUUACAGAAAUGCAUCUCAGUGCAAAAAUAAUGAUUUUCCUGGCAUGUUAAAUCAAGCCUUUAACACUUUGAGAAAAUUUUACUGUACAUUACUGUUUGUGUUUAUGUAAGUUUGUAUUUAGUGAUAAAUGUUACUAAAUUGUUUUAGAUGCUGCUGUGCCUACAUCAUGAAAUACAUUUAUUUCUUUUAAAAAGAAUUCUGAAAUUUGUUUUACCCUAACUAUUAACCCAAGUUAUGUCUGGAAUGAGCUCCUUAUGGUACUAGAUGAGUUGAGUAUAUUUUGAGACAGUAUUUUUCCAUUCUGUAAUUUUGGCUGAGAUUUUAGCAGAAGUACAUCCCCCUGCAGUUUCAGUUCACAUUCUACUUGUGCUGCUUUCUAGGACAGACGUGUCUAGCUGCACCAUAACAGAGAAGUUCUAUAUGUAUUUUAUGACCUGUGAAGCUCUUGUUUCCAUAGCACAUCUGUGGCUUUGAAAAGUGUAUUGACUGUAAACCUCUUUUGGAUUUGAUCUUUGGGGUCGUGUAAUCAUUUACUCUAGAAGACAGUAGUGACACAGACCUACUGACUAACUUUUAUAAAUGUCAACCAGUAGACUAUCAGUGUUGCUAUAGUUUGUAGGAUUACAUAGUUCCAGAAUCUUGACUUUAGUUUUCUUGGUUUCUUAGGCUUGAAAUUUCCUAGCCAUGUGCAGCAGCAGUUCAGAUGCCUUUGAAAGGAUGUGAUUGAAGACAGCAUGUGAUUACACUUGUAUGUUCUGAAAUAAUGAAGAAUAUUCUGUAGAUACAUGUUUACCCAGCAAAUAUGAUUCAGAGGGUUUAAUGGAAAGGUUUAUGGGUAAGGGAAUUAAUGGGGAAUGGGCUUGGGGAAUAGUGGAGAGGAGUAAUGGGUGUGUUUCAGCCUGGGAAUGCAUGGAUGAGUUGGGGGGAUUGGAUGUAUAAUGCAUCUGUGAUUGAGGCUGUACAAUAUGUUCAGUUCUUUUAAUUGAGUUCCCAUCUAUUCCUUUAUAAAUGCCAUUUUGAUCCUUAUUACUUACUGUUGCAUGAUUGGAAGUACUUAAAACACUGCACAAUUUUAGUAUACAGUAAUGUAAGACAGCUUUUUGGUUUUUUGUACUCAGUUCUAUCUGCAUGUAAUUUGGAUUUUUCACAUACAUUCAUUAGUAACUUAAAACAUCAGUUUUCUUUUUAAGUUCCUAAUCUAUAGAAAGGUGAUAGUCUUGGGAUAGAUUUCCAGAAAAUACUACUUGAUAGCUUAGCUUUAACCAGCUACUUUUAUAUUUUUGUAAUAUUUAUCCACCAAGUUGGAGAAGCAACCUCAUAAUAUCCAGUUGAUUUUUUUAUGUGUGUGCCUAGCCUCCUUAUCACUAUGUAAUCUGAUGGUUUUAAAAAUACAACUUUGUGGAGCAAUAAACUGACUAUCUUGUAAUGUAAACAUUGAUUUCUAAUGAUGUUUUAAAACAUUGUCUUGAAUGACAUCGAGUUCUGGCAGCUAAAGGCAUAUUUAUUUUGAAAUGUUUUUUUUCUCCUACAUUUUUUCCCCAUAGUCUUGGAACAUUUUAGAUUUAUAAAAGCGUCAAAAAUAGUGCUGAGAAUGCCUGUGCAUCUCUUACUUGUUUAUUUUUAUAUUAGCAUCUUCUUUUAAUUGGUAGGAUAGUUAUGCAAAGUAAAAUAUUAACUUUGGAUCAGCUAAAGUACAAAAUAUGUUUGUAUUUCACCAAUUUUUUCAUUUGUGUUGUGUGUGGGCUGUGUUUGUACCUGGAUUGCCUUUUAUGUUUCAAGGCCUAUAAGUGAGUUUGUUCUUUAUGAUAUUGGUUCAAAAACUUUACUUAGAAGAGCUAAUUCAUGCUGACUUUAACAAGAGUUUUUUUCUUAAAAUUGUAGUUUCAAAUGCUUAGUGAUAUAAUUAAGGCUCUUUAAUGAUAUUGCAGAAUUUCAUUAUUUCUGAUAACUUGUGCAUGAGUGGAAAUAUUGAUUUGUUCCUUAAGGGAAGGUGUAAUAUAUUCUCAAGCCCAUGAAAAGGCAAAUUUUAUAAUUUGAACAUUACUAGAUGUUAGUUUGCAUGAUGUUGCAGUUAGAAAUAUUAUACUCUGUGUGAAUAUGUACAAUCAGCUGAUCUCGAAUCUGAAGUUAGUGUUUUCAUGUACACAUGUCAAAAAUUAGGACAUGGACUAGUAUAUAAAGUGGAUGUAGCAGGAGAAAUUUAAUACUGCCUAACUAAGCAGUUUAAAGAAAGUUGACUUAUCAUGCAGAAUAUCUAGUGCUUUAGAAACUGGAAUGGUGCUGGUGUUUUUUUAAACCUUGUUGGACAAGUGGAAGCCUCAGACAAAGUCUGUUGUUUUCUAAUAAGCAUUCUAAUUCCUUCUGUAUACUUCCUCUCUCACCAAGUUGGCUGUAUUGUGAUAUUAAUCCAUAGAGAAUUUCUUAAGUAUAAUUUGUAUUCAAAUUUCCUUGAAAUAAAAUUUCACUAAGAGAUUCUUUUGGAAGAAAAACAAGAGAGAUAGCUAAUUUCAAAGAUUAAGUUGGGAUGCUUGUCAGAGAAUGCCAAGGCAAGCUAGUAACAAACCUGAAGUUGAUCUGGAAAAUGAAUGGAUGCUGUUAAAUAAGAAUUGCAUAGCUUUCAGUGGGUAUAAAGAUGUAGACAAAAAUUUGAAUUGGGUUUGUAAGUUUAGCAAAUACCCUGGAUAGGAACAUGAAUCCAUGUAUAAUAAGACAGAGCUGAAACCAGGUCUCUAUAAACAUUUCAGAUGGGAAAGUGAGCACCUGUGACUGUGGUCAAAAAGAAAAAACCUCCCAGGUAGUGUAUUGGAAUUUGUAUCGAUUAAUUCACGCAGGGAGAAAAUCGCUAAGGACAGUUAGGUUUAUGAUCGAUAGGUGUCACUGUUUCCUUGGUAGUCCCCAUUUUCACAAGUUGGGUUAGAUUAUUCUGUGUUAACUUAAAGUGCUUAGUAGACUAUAACACUAAGUAUCUUAGUUCUAUGACCCCUUUAAUUCAAUAGUGGACAAUUAUUUGGUAAAUAUUUACUAUAUGUGCUGGGAGGUGAGACUGGGGAUUGCACCCAGGGCCCCUUGUUCUACCACUGAGCUAUAUUCCCAGCUUAUGAGUACCAUUUUAUAAUAGUAAAACACUUUAAAGAAGUACAUUGUCAACACAAGCCAGUAAAACAGGGCCCAGUUGGGAGUGGCAUGUGUGCUAUUGUCUCUUCUUUUAGGUCUCAGCCGGUCAUCCAAGUACAUUAAUUGUUAAAGUUAUUCUUUCCCUUUUUCAAAUGUUCAAAGAAAUGAUAAUUUUUCUAAUAUAUAGAGAUGGAAUUUUAAUUUUUUCAUGAUUAUUUUGUAGGUACACUAGAUAGAAUCGGUUACACUACAAUUGAGAUUUUCUUUUCCCCCUGUAAUUUUAAAGCACUUGAGUGUUUGGAUACUAUAUCAGUAAUACUACCUGGAUUUGAAAAUCGAGUGAAGUUUAUAAACACAACAAAUUUUCAUACCACCACUGAAAUUCCCUGGGUCAGGGAAAUUCAACACUGACAAUGUGUUGGUAUAGUUCAAUAGGCACUACAUACCUUUGGAGGGCUGGAGUUGUUUCUCAACAGCUCUUUAAUGCACAUGGUCUUUUAUAGUGUGACUGCAAAGCCAUUCUUGGAGCUGGUAUCAAUCAAGGAUAUCAAAGGAACUGCUGAGAAUUUGAAAGGUUUCCUGUAGUUAAUCAAUGUGAAUUUUGUGAUUUUGCAAUGGCACUUAAGUGGCCCAUUCAGAAUGGAUGGUGAAGGCUUCUCUCUGUGGCCUUCCUUUUGUGAUGCACAUGCCAUAUAAGCAGCCCACAUCAUGAGUAGGAGUCAGUAGUGACUGAGGAGCACGCGUAUUCUUUGUAUCUCAAGUGGCUCUUUCUUAGAAAACCAUAGGAAAAAGAUUACUGAUAGCUGUGUUUGCUAGAGUCUUUUAAUGAUUGGCUAUUGUAGGAGAAAGAAGGGCACAAGAGUCAUACCCUUCUUUCCUUCCUUCCUUCUUUUCCUUCCUUAUUUCCUUCUUUUUUUCCUCAUGAGACAGGGUUUCUCUUUGUAGAUCAGGCUGUCCUUGAACUCAGAGAUCCUCCUGUCUGCCUCUGCCUUCCAUCUUUCCUAGUUUUUUAAAGGUACAUUAAAAAAUAGGCUCAGCAUUUUUUAAACUAACCUUGUUGUUCAUAACAUUUAAUUCCAAAUGUUUACUAUUUUUUUUGUAACUUUAAGGACAAUUCCUUUUGAUUAGUUUUUGUCUACAUGUAUCUGUUGAGACCAAAAGAGCAAACUCUUGGCCAGGCAACACUUACGAUGUGUAUGUAUUGGAACAAAUAUACAAGGCUUGCAGAGAUUAGCAAUAUUCAUAAGAACUAUUUGAUUUAUAAAUGCAUAGCUUCCCGUGCUUGAUACAAUGGGAUCUAUUGAGCUUAGAAAAUUUGUAUAUACAGUACGUCAGCACUUCUUACUAACUUCUCUUGAAUCCAUUUUUAAUAUAUUGUACAGGUUGGGGAGUUAUAUAUACUCUUCAAGCCACUAUUAUCCUGGCUAUAAAUUUAUAAAAUAAAUUGAAAAAUUCAUCAUUCUCCUGUAUUCAAGACCAAAGCACAUAAUGCUAAUGUAGGGCUCAGAGGAGAAAUAUAGUUCUCCUGCAUAUUUGAGAAAAUGUGGAGUCCUUUCAAGAAAAUGUAAUAAACGUAAUAAUUGUAGCCUGCUGACACUAAGGAAAAGGCCCUCAUUCGCUCUUUCUUUUAUGCAGCAAUUUACUGGUCCCUGCUGAUCUUCAAAUUGGAUCACUGUAGUAAAUUAUCCAUGCCGGUACUGGGGAAGUAAGCCCUAGGAUCCAUAUUUGUUUUGUGUUCUGCUUAAAUCAGCAAGAAUGAUAAAUUUGAUGGUGUGAAAUUGGAAGUAUCAAGGGCUUUCGUUGGUGACUGCACAAAGUCAUGUCUCCACCUGGAAUUUAUUGUGACCUUUUUUCACUGUAUGUGCUUCGUAUGUCUAAUAUUUAUUUCAAAACAAAUUAAAUUGUUCUUCCUUCAUCUAUAAUGUUUUACCUAACAUUUUAUCGAUGUAAAGUCAAAUUGUUUAAUAAAAGUCUUCCUGGA